CCUGAACACAACUACUAGCAACCCUCCAGACGUUACCUCAAGCUGCUUUCUCAGUUCAAGCAAUGAUUCCCUCACAACCACAACUCCACCAUGGUCGAUGGGGAGUACCCCCAUAUUUCGACUAUCAUUUCAAACAUUCCUUCUCUGGACCACAUGUACCUCCUUCGACAGGCGAAGCAGCGGCUCAUCUGGCAUCCAAUGCUGGAGCUGAAGCCAACGCCGCAGCGUAUGCAAGGAAUCUGCAGUACCACCAUUAUUAUGGCAGAGGUUGGGGAAGGCCCCGUUUAGGUUUUGGAAAACGAAUGAUCUGGUUUGGUCUCGGUGCUCUUGCCGCUACGUGGUAUUACAAACAUCAAGAACGUGAGAAACGCUGGAGAGAUCGUUCCAUAGCGUAUCCUCAGACUGGGCCAAACGUCCAAUUCAAUGGAGCUGAACCGGCGCAUGAGACUGGUCGAUGGAGACACUUUGAAUGGGUCUCGCCACAGAAACCCGCCUAUUCAUACCCUAUUCCUCCCAACGCUCCGAGCUUGACCCCUGCGACCGCUGUUGAUUCAACACCGGCCGCCUCCGCCGUCCUCACCGAGCUCAAGCAAUCUCCCUUGGCGGCUACACCAGUUGUGGAGCCCAGUCCCGCUGCGGCUGAAGACCGAUCCCAUAGUUGGGGCUGGGGAUCUCGACGACGUAGAAGAAGAGAAGAGCAGGAAGCUAGAGAAGCCGCGGAAGCUGCCAGAGGAUCUGACGAGCAAGAGAUGAAGAGGAUCAAGGAGGCCGUACAGGCUGUCUGGGAAGACAAGAAGGCUUCUGUCCUUCAGAGCCAAGACCAGCUGAACGAGCAGGCUCGACAAUAUGCUAAGCAAAAGGUGGAAAAGCUCAGUGUGGCGCUAGAAGCAUUAAGAGAAUCGUUGGAGUCUGAGACAGACAAGAAGAUUCGGAGAGCCAAUGAGAAGCUUGUGUGAUCCCAAAUAGACCCCUCAUAAUAGGCAGACAUGUGUGAUGAGAAGUCUAGACAAUGGAUGCGUUGAGUG